AUGGAACUAGCCAGCCAGGGCUGCGUCGGCAAUGAACAAAUUCAUGCCGUUAAUCUAUUCCACUAUAUUAGAGACGUCUUCGACCCUGGCCAGUUUAACAUCGCUGACGACUCCACCGCCACUAACCCGCACUCUUCAGGGAAUUUCCCCACAGAGCCACCUCGUCACGCCCGGUGUUUCACCGCGCGUACUAAACCUAAGCCGGGCCUCCUGUCCGGACAAAUCCAUCGACUCACGCCCAAAUCCAGCACCGGGACACGGAGCGAAGAUGGGCAAUUCUCCCGUCCGCCCGGUGGCCCAGAGGGAGAGCAUCUCCGAGACGGCCAGGAUUCAAAAGGAACGGAAACGAAGCUGAACCCGGGAGAUCUGGGUCUACUCUUUGCUUCUCUUUAUUCUGUGCCCUAG